CCUCCUCCCCAUCCAUCCUUCCCUGCCUCCGCCUCUUUCCUCCUUUUCCCCGGGCGCCCUCUGCACUUUCUUCUCGAGCCACCCUAGCAGGCAAACUUUGAUGGGGAACCUCUCACCGUGCUGGAAAAAUGCCGGUUAUGAAGGGAUUACUGGCACCCCAAAACACCUUCCUCGACACCAUCGCCACCCGGUUUGACGGCACACACAGUAACUUCAUCCUUGCAAAUGCUCAGGUGGCUAAAGGAUUCCCUAUUGUAUACUGCUCAGAUGGCUUCUGUGAGCUUGCUGGAUUUGCACGAACUGAAGUCAUGCAGAAGAGCUGCAGCUGUAAAUUUUUACUUGGUGCUGAAACAAAUGAGCAGAUGAUUCUUCAAAUUGAGAAAUCGUUGGAGGAAAAGGUAGAAUUCAAAGGAGAAAUCAUGUUCUAUAAGAAGAAUGGCUCUUCAUUCUGGUGCUUACUGGAUAUUGUUCCUAUAAAGAAUGAAAAAGGAGAUGUAGUACUCUUUCUCGCCUCAUUCAAAGAUAUAACAGACACAAAAGUGAAGAUUCCUGCAGAAGACAAAAAGGAAGAAAAAUGGAAAGGAAGAGGAAGAGCAGGGUCACAUUUUGAGUCAGCGCGCAGACGGAGUAGAGCUGUCCUUUAUCAUAUAUCUGGACAUCUACAAAGAAGAGAGAAGAACAAAUUAAAAAUUAAUAAUAACGUUUUUGUAGAUAAACCAGCAUUUCCAGAAUACAAAGUUUCAGAUGCAAAAAAAUCCAAAUUCAUACUAUUACAUUUUAGCACUUUUAAAGCUGGCUGGGACUGGCUUAUUUUACUGGCAACGUUUUAUGUUGCUGUGACUGUACCUUACAAUGUUUGCUUUAUUGGUCAUGAUGAGCUGUCUACAACUCGAAGCACAACUGUCAGUGACAUUGCAGUGGAAAUUCUUUUUAUCAUUGAUAUUAUUUUAAAUUUCCGAACAACAUAUGUCAGCAAGUCUGGCCAAGUUAUAUUUGAAGCAAGAUCUAUUUGUAUCCACUACGUGACUACCUGGUUUAUCAUUGAUUUAAUUGCUGCACUUCCUUUUGAUCUUCUUUAUGCUUUCAACGUCACUGUGGUUUCCCUUGUCCAUCUCCUAAAGACAGUGCGGUUACUACGCCUCUUGCGUCUCCUUCAGAAGUUGGAUCGUUAUUCCCAGCACAGCACAAUUGUUCUCACACUUCUCAUGUCCAUGUUUGCCUUGCUUGCUCACUGGAUGGCCUGCAUUUGGUAUGUCAUAGGGAAAAGGGAGAUGGAACAGAAUAAUCCCCUUACAUGGGACAUAGGUUGGCUUCAUGAGCUAGGAAAACGUAUUGAGUCUCCUUACUAUGAGAAUAAUACACUAGGAGGCCCAUCAAUCAGAAGUGCCUAUAUAGCUGCCCUAUAUUUCACUCUCAGCAGCCUCACCAGUGUUGGGUUUGGAAAUGUUUCAGCCAAUACUGAUGCUGAAAAGAUCUUCUCCAUUUGCACAAUGCUUAUUGGGGCUCUGAUGCAUGCCUUGGUGUUUGGCAAUGUGACUGCCAUUAUUCAGAGGAUGUACUCCAGAUGGUCCCUUUAUCACACAAGAACCAAGGACCUGAAGGACUUUAUACGGGUCCAUCACUUGCCACAGCAGCUAAAGCAAAGGAUGCUUGAAUAUUUCCAAACCACAUGGUCUGUCAAUAAUGGAAUUGAUUCCAAUGAGCUCUUAAAAGACUUCCCAGAUGAGCUGCGUUCAGACAUCACCAUGCACUUGAACAAGGAGAUUCUGCAGCUCUCCCUUUUCGAGUGUGCUAGCCGUGGUUGCCUCAGGUCUCUGUCUCUGCAUAUCAAAACCUCUUUCUGUGCUCCUGGGGAAUACCUCCUCCGGCAGGGUGAUGCCUUGCAAGCGAUCUAUUUUGUGUGCUCAGGUUCCAUGGAAGUCCUGAAGGACAGCACGGUGUUGGCAAUUCUCGGUAAAGGAGAUUUAAUUGGAGCAAACCUAUCCAUUAGGGAUCAAGUUAUUAAAACAAAUGCAGAUGUUAAAGCUCUAACGUACUGUGACCUCCAAUGCAUUAUCCUCAAAGGCCUCUUUGAAGUGCUUGACCUUUACCCAGAGUAUGCUCACAAGUUUGUUGAAGACAUACAGCAUGAUCUCACAUACAAUCUAAGAGAAGGCCAUGAAAGCGAUGUAAUAUCAAAAUUAUCAAACAAGUCUACAUUACCUCAGACAGAGCUCAAGGGAAAUGGAAAUAUAAAGAAGAGACUUCCUUCAAUUGUGGAAGAUGAAGAUGAGGAUGAGGAGGGAGAAGAAGAGAGCAGCACCCUGUCACCAAUCCAUACAAGAAGCACAAAUUUCUCUCAGCAGAAGAAAGCUGGAAGCAAUAAAAGCCACCUAGGGAGAAAUUUGAAGCAGUUGGCAUCAGGAACGGUACCUUUUCAUUCACCUAUCCGCGCUUGCAGUUCAAACCCCACAAGAGCCAAACAUGAAACGGAGCUCCAUUACUACUCCAGAAGGAAGGAGAAAAACCUUAGGUUACAGCUUUCAGCACUAACCAGCAGUGGUCCACCUGACCUGAGCCCAAGAAUUGUUGAUGGUAUUGAAGAUGGAAACCAUAAUGUGGAAAACCAAACCUUUGACUUCAGCUCUGAUCAGCUCAGGCAGGAAUCCAGGUUAUCUCCUACAAUUGGAGAGGCUGAAAUUGGUGCUGCUGUGCUUGUUAUCAAAGCAGAAGAGACCAAACAGCAGAUCAGCAGGCUUAAUAAUGAGGUCACAACUUUAACUCAAGAAGUCUCACAAUUAAGUAAGAAUAUGAAGAAUGUGAUGCACCUUCUAGAGAACCUGCUCACCUCCCAGAAGACACCGGGGUUCUGUGCUGUGCACAGCAUAACUCGGAGUCCUACCCUGGACAGUCUUCAGUCUCGAAUGGCUUGGACUACACAUCAACCUUGCACGCACAUGCAAGCUGGGAUCUUUACUUGCACCAAAGCACAACCUUGCCGCAGCAACACUUUAUGUGACAUUUGGAAUACUGAUCUGUCCUCUGUAGGCAGCAGUCCCCAAAGAACUGAACCCAACCUGCAAAAUUCUAUGGAUGCUGAAUUUUAUUAUACAUCAGGCCUUCACAAUUCCCCUUCCCAGUAUCAGGUAAUUCAGAAAGACAAUCUGCAGUUUUUAAGAUGCACCUCUCCCCAUUCAGACACUACCUUGACUCCUCUUCAGUCUAUUUCAGCAACUCUUUCUUCUUCAGUAUGCUCUUCAUCAGAAACAUCUUUACACCUCGUGCUCCCUAGCAGAUCUGAGGAAGGUAGCUUUAGCCAAGGAGCAGUCAGCUCGCUAAGCCUUGAGAACCUGCCGGGAUCAUGGAACCUGGAAGGAACAGCCGGAGUCGUUUCUGCGCAGACCCCAGAUUUCCCAAUAGACACUGUGACAAGGACAAGGGAUGUUAAAGAUAAAGAUUACCAAGCCAUAGAUGUAUGAGAAACACUGAAGUGGGACUCAAAGCAUGUGUCACAACUGCCAGUUUUAAAUUUAGACUGCAUGACAGCUUUAUUUGACCUUUCCUCUGGCAAUCAUGGAGACUUACAGACAUGAAAAUUCAGAUUUAUAGGAAGAAGGAAAAGGUAUUGAAAUUCAUACUACAGGAAGAAAAAAGAAAUCUAGACUCUAGAAGCACGUUGAAAAGAAUUUUGUAUACAGAUAUAACUUACUGGUCUGUUUGGCAGACUUUUGUGAUAGUCCAAAGACCCUGAGGGUCAGAGCAGCUGGAAGUCUAGGACAAAAGAACUGUCAUAGGCGGCUUUUGUUCAUUGAAGCAAAGGUUUUCCCUGAGUGUCUGGCUGUUCCUAAACAAAAUCUAUGGCACUGUUUGCUUCAGGUGAUUGUGGGUCCUGCUGGUCUGUUUGUCAGUUCCGUGAAGGCGAAGGGACAAUUAUCGCUGCAUGUCAUCUAGACAAUCAACCAAAUAGAGCUGGUAGAGUGGUUAGUCAUUGCACGUUAUUUGUCAUGUAAAUUAAACCUCUUAAUUUAUCUAAAAAUAAUAUUUUUAUAUACUUGGUAUGAAACAUGUACUAAAAAUUAUUUAAAAUAUUUAUAAAGAGAAUAAGAGCUUGUUUUCAUUUUGGUAAAAGCUUGCAAUUUUAACAAGAAAUGCACUACCAUCAUGUAUUAGAUCAAAUACUAUUUAUUGCUCAGAUAUUAUGUAGUUUACAAAUGGAUUCCUUUUUAUGUGCAUGCAAUUUGCAAUGAAUGUAUUCAUGCUGGUGGAAUACAAGUAAGUUAAGUUAUUAUUUUAUUUAAAAAAAUAAAACAGCAGGAAUGUUGUAUCCUA